AUGUUCACUGGCGUAUGUGUGCGCUCCAUAGUUGUGCUGCGCCUUCCAAGACGACCGCCACCUGUACAUGGUGAUGGAGUUCAUGGCGGGCGGCGACAUGGUCACGCUCACCUUGAACUACGACAUCCCGGAGAAGUGGGCUCGCUUCUACACGGCCGAGGCAGUGCUGGCCCUGGACGCCAUCCACACCAUGGGCUUCAUCCACCGCGACAUCAAACCGGACAACAUGCUCCUCGACCAGCACGGGCACCUCAAGCUGGCCGAUUUCGGCACCUGCAUGAAGAUGGAUUCUACAGGCAUGGUGCACUGUGACACCGCCGUGGGCACGCCCGACUACAUCUCCCCCGAGGUGCUGCAGUCUCAGGGAAGCGAGGGUCACUACGGGCGGGAGUGCGACUGGUGGGCUGUCGGGGUCUUUCUAUACGAGCUGUUAGUGGGGGAAACGCCUUUCUACGCCGAUUCCCUGGUGGGAACGUACGGAAAGAUCAUGAACCACAAAAGUUCCCUCAUCUUCCCAGAUGAUGUGGAAAUGUCCCAGGAGGCCAAAAACCUCAUCUGUGCCUUUCUAACAGACAGGUUUGUACUCGUCUUGACCCUCACACCCCUUUGAAGUGACACCAUAUAUUUUCUU